AUGAGAUGCUGGAGCUUCCUUCAGGGUGAGUCCACAGCCGGGGCUGGAGGUGGCGGUGGAGGUGGCGGUGGAGGUGGCGGUGGCGGUGGCGCCUCCAGGGGAAAGAGCAGACUGUCCCACAGGACUUCGCUCGGCAGAAGAGCGGGUCGGGAGGGAGAAGGAGCCUCCGGGGAGAACGGAGAGAAUCGCUUGAAGGAGAGGAGGUCUUGGCCAUUGCUAAACCGCAGAGACCUGGGAAUAAGUGAAAGGGUCCUGGCGCGCCUGAUCCAGCGUCUGCAGUUCAGUUCGGCCCACGGCCGCGCAGCAAGCACCUUGGUGGGCUGGACCCGCAGCACACGGACCGCCGAGGCUGUCCCAGGACUGGUUUCCAAAUUUAUCAAGGUUCUUUCUGCCUCCUGUUUGCUUGAGCUGACCCACCCUGAGUCAAUACACCAGGAAUUCAAUACACUCUGCCUGAAUAACAGAAGAAGUAAAAACUUUAAGGAUCUGUGACAGCAAGAUAAGGC